AUGAGCGUCAUUGACCAGGCUUUUGGCCGCAAUGAUGGGCUACGCCAGAAGAUUUACAAUGUUAUCAAAUCGGCACCAGCCCAACGACCGUUGUUCGAAGAAAUAGCAUCAUACCACCUCCGCCAUUCGCUACCCGUUGCCAAUGGCAUCUCAGAAGCAGAUGGCGCAGAGGAACCUGCAGCAAAGAAGAGAAAGCUUGCCAAUGGCGCUUUACCCAUCCAUGGUGCGGACGCGAAGGCAGCCCAGAUACUAGAGGUCAAGGACGUCUCCUUCUCCAUUCCUCAACGCAAGAAGUUGCAUUUCAGAAUCGCCCAGUACUCCGCUCCUGACCAGACUACGAUCGGGGUGCAGGCCAUUAAUCCGACUAGUGGUCAGGUUGAAUAUGAGUUGCCAGGCUCAGAGAUAGCGAACGUUCUAUGCCUGCCCGUUCCAGAGAAGGCUUCCAAACAGUUCAACUAUAUCUUUCUCCCCAAUGCGGCAUCGACUUUCGAGCCGGUACUUUUCACUUUGCCUGCUACACCGCUCAAGCCUGGCACAUUCACUCUGCCUUCCUCGGCAACGACCCUCGAUGAAGCACUGAAUCAUAUCCUGCCGUCACACAAUCUAUCGUUGACAUUACCAAAUGCCGAUGAGUUCGCUAGUGCCACGCCAGAACCUCACCGCAAGUCCGAGAAGGCGUACCACGUCAAAGCCUUCCGUGGCUCAAAAGACGGAUAUCUCUUCUUCCUGUCCACUGGCCUGUUCUUCGGCUACAAGAAGCCCUUGCUCUUUCUCUCAUUUAGUGACAUCGAAUCAAUCAGCUACACUAGCGUGCUGCAGCGUACCUUUAACCUUAACGUCGCUUACCAAAAACCCGGCGCCGAUGAGGGUGACGCGGAAGAGAUCGAGUUCAGCAUGCUCGACCAGGGUGACUUCCAAGGUAUCAAUGAGUAUGUGCAGCGGCACGGGCUGAACGACGCGAGCUUAGCGGCGGGCAGACGUGCCAAGUCCGAAACAAAGAAGAAGGGGGCAGCGGCAGCCAAUGGGGAGAUGGCCGAUGCUGAGCGAGAAGACGAUGACGGCCGCACCGAAUUGGAGAAGGCUGAACAGAUGCUACAAGAUGAAGAGGAUGAGGAUGAGGAGGACUUUGAGCCCAGCGAUGGCGAUGACGAAGACGAAGGAAGUGGGAGCGAAGAUGACAGUGACGAAGAUGACGAGCCAAAGGCAAAGAAAGAUUUGGUCCAAGAUGAGCUUGGCUCCGAGGCGGAAGAUGUCGAGAUCAGCGACGAGGAAGAUGAUGAUGGUGACGACGACGACGAGGAUGAUGCCCCCAAAGGUGACAUUCCACCUGCAAAAGCCGUCACACAACAGCCGAAGAUCGCGGCACCCAUGCAGCCAGCUGCUAGGGGAGGUUGGGGUGUGCCCGAUCCAUACGAUGAAGACCAGCUAUGA